AUGUCGACGGACACAAAGUGGAACAAUGCAGAUCGAGGGCCGGUAGUAAUAUUUCUUAUUUUCUCUGUGCUUUUCAAAGUCGAACUUUUUCGAAGACCUUGUUCUGAAGGUGUUAUGCGCAUAACCAAUCUACGAAUAAUAUGGUACGCGAGUUCAAUGCCAAGAAUAAAUCUUUCCAUUGGAUACAGCAACAUAACAGGUCACAUGAUUCGAACUGAAGAUAUUUCUAGGUCGUUCGAUGAAAGUUCGCCCAGGCACUGGAUAGUGGAAGCUCCUCACGUCAAUGGCUCGCGCUCCCAAUCUUCGACGAAGUCUCGAAUGCAUUCGAAGCUGUUCAACACCGUAAAUUCGGUACAUCGUGCAUAUGAAACGACGAAAUUAUAUCGGGAGCUAAAGAUGAGAGGCGCAAUUGUGGAUGAAAGUUCCAAUUUAAAACUGUUACCUUUGGAGCAGCUUGUCGAAAAGGUCAACGGAGUGUGGAAUCUUAGCACUGAUCAGAGUGGCGAAUAUGUGUUGGGAUUCCGAAUCGAUCCUGCUGAACGGCUUCAACAGGUGUGCAAAGCUAUUCAGGCGCUUCACAAGGCAGCGAAUACUCGUCCGAUCUACGGAGUCACCUUUCACAAGGACAGACCUCCUUCUCCUCGAGAGCCGACUGUGGAACAAACAAACGAACAAGAAGAAGAGGACGAUGGUUCUGAACACAGACAACUAAGAACAGACGCUUUUGCGGCCUAUUUUUCUGACGGUGGAACAUCUUCUGAAGAGCGACGACCACCAGUGUACAGUGAAGAACUGGGGCUAGCAGUCGAACAACUCAAACAAGGAUUCACAAUAACUGAUCUGUGGAAUAUAUACAUGUCAGAGCUUCUCUUGUUCGAAGAUCGGAUCUCACCAAAUUUAAUUAUUGUGCAUUCCUCAUGUACAGAGCUAAAUGACAAACUUUUCUUAGCAGCCCUUGAGUGGGGAACCGCGAGGUAUAGGAAGACACAUUAUAUCAGGAGGAGAAGGUUCACAAGGUACGUACUGCCUCCUUCUAGCCUGUUUUCCUUGACUUAUGCGUUUUGCCACCACUCAGUGUGUUCUGGAUUGCGCUUUUAG